CUUGAACGCAGCACCACCGCCUGCUAUGAGCCGCUUCAUCAUAUCGCGAUAGACACCGCCAGGCCACGGCGCUACCGUUGAGCAACAUGGCGGAAGAGGAGGUGGCCAAGCUGCAGAAGCACCUGGCCCUGCUCAGGCAGGAGUAUGUGAAGAUGCAGCAGAAGCUGGCUGAUACAGAGAGGCGCUGCGCCAUGCUCGCCGCUCAGUCUUCUAGUCAGGGCUCUCCCACCCCUGCAGCCGCGGAGACCUUCAUCAGCCGUCUGCUGGACAUUGUGGCCGACCUCUAUCAGCAGGAACAGUACAGUGAUCUAAAGGUGAAAGUAGUGGGGGAGCAGAUUCAUGCCCAUAAGUUUGUGCUGGCUGCUCGCAGCGAUGUGUGGAGUCUCUCCAACCUGGCUUCAACCAACGAGCUGGACCUGUCUGAUUGCAAACCUGAGGUUGCCAUGGCAAUGUUACGGUGGACAUAUACCGACGAGUUGGAGCUGAGCGAGGAUGAUGCCUUUCUCAUCGACUUGAUGAAACUGGCCAACCGCUUCCAGCUUCAGCUGCUCAGAGAGAGGUGUGAAAAAGGCGUGAUGUCCUCGGUGAAUGUCAGGAACUGCAUUCGCUUCUACCAAACAGCCGAGGAGCUGAAUGCCAGCACCUUAAUGAACUACUGUGGGGAGAUCAUAGCCAGUCACUGGGAUGAUCUGAGGAAAGAAGACUUCAGCACCAUGAGUGCCCAGCUUCUGUACAAGAUGAUCAAAUCUAAAACAGAGUAUCCUCUCCAUAAAGCCAUCAAAGUAGAGAGAGAGGACGUGGUGUUUCUGUAUCUCAUUGAGAUGGACGCGCAGUUACCUGGCAAGCUAAAUGAACUUGACAACAAUGGCGACCUAGCAUUAGACCUAGCCCUCUCCCGGAAAUUGGAAAGCAUUGCAACCACUCUUGUGAACAACAAAGCUGAUGUGGACAUGGUGGACCAGAGCGGCUGGAGUCUGCUGCAUAAAGCCAUUCAAAGAGGUGAAGUUACUUUGCUUGACCUGGAGCUCAAAGAUCACGAGGGCAGCACAGCGCUGUGGCUGGCACUGCAGUAUAUCACCGUGUCUUCGGAUCCCUCUGUCAACCCGUUUGAAGAUAAUGCGCCGGUCGUAAACGGCACCUCGUUUGACGAGAAUAGCUUUGCGGCCCAGCUCAUCCAGAGAGGAAGCAACCCCGAUGCACCUGACACUACCACAGAGUAUUGCCUCAUGCAGAGAGCAGCGCUUGCAAACAAUGAGGCGGCUGCUCUUUUCCUCACAACUCAUGGGGCAAAGGUCAACCACAUUAACAAAUGGGGUGAAAGCUCACUUCAUACAGCAUGUCGCUGUGGCCUAGCAAGCCUGACAGCUGAGCUUCUCCAGCAAGGGGCCAAUCCUAACCUGCAAACCCAGAAGCCUCUACCCGAUGACCCCCUCGGUGUGGCCAUGCAGACCCCCCUCCACAUGGCCAUCGCUCACAACCACCCAGAUGUGGUCUCCGUCAUCCUGGAGCAGAAAGCCAACGCACUACAUGCCACCAACAACUUCCAGAUCAUCCCAGACUUCAGCCUCAAAGACUCCAUGGACCAGACAGUUCUGGGCUUGGCCCUCUGGACAGGCAUGCACACCAUAGCGGCUCAGCUGCUGGGAUCAGGAGCAUCUAUCAAUGACACUAUGUCCAGUGGACAAACUCUGCUGCACAUGGCCAUCCAAAGGCAGGACAGCAAGAGCGCACUCUUCCUUCUUGAACACCAGGCAGACAUUAAUGUUAGGACCCAGGAGGGACAAACAGCACUGCAGCUGGCCAUCAGUAACCAGCUGCCUUUGGUGGUGGACGCCAUUUGCACAAGAGGAGCUGACAUGUCGGUGGUUGAUGACAAAGGUGACCCUCCACUGUGGCUGGCUCUUGAGAACGGACUUGAAGAUAUCGCGUCCACACUGGUCCGCCACGGCUGUGAUGCAACUUGUUGGAGCUCGGGGCCGUCAGGCUGCCAGCAGACCCUCCUGCACAGAGCUGUUGAUGAGAACAACGAGGUCUCGGCCUGCUUCCUUAUCCGCAGUGGUUGUGACGUGAACAGCCCCAGGCGGCCUGGCCCUAAUGGGGAGGGAGAUGAAGAAGCCCGAGAUGGACAAACUCCCCUCCACCUGGCAAGCAACUGGGGACUGGAGGAUGUGGUGCAGUGCCUUCUUGAGUUUGGAGCCAAUGUUAAUGCACAGGAUUCAGAGGGCAGAACUCCCAUCCAUGCUGCUAUUAGCAACCAGCACAAUGUCAUUAUACAGCUCCUCAUUUCCCAUCCAGACAUUCGUCUCAACAUUCGCGACCGUCAGGGAAUGACCCCCUUUGCCUGCGCCAUGACGCACAAGAACAAUAAAGCGGCAGAGGCUAUUCUCAAGAGGGAGCCAGGUGCUGCCGAACAGGUGGACAACAAAGGGCGCAACUUUCUCCACGUGGCUGUGCAGAAUUCAGACAUUGAAAGUGUCCUGUUCCUAAUCAGCGUCCAAGCUAACGUCAACUCCAGAGUUCAGGACGCGGCCAAGCUCACCCCGCUGCACCUGGCUGUGCAGGCUGGAUCUGAGAUCAUCGUCCGCAACCUGCUGCUUGCUGGUGCUAAAGUGAACGAGCUGACUAAACACAGACAGACAGCGCUACAUUUGGCUGCUCAGCAGGACCUGGCCACCAUCUGCUCCGUGCUGCUGGAGAACGGAGUAGAUUUCGCCGCCGAGGACGAGAAUGGCAAUAAUGCUCUGCAUCUGGCUGUGAUGCAGGGUCGCCUUAACAAUGUCAGAGUCCUUCUCACAGAGUCCAACAUCGAUGCUGAGGCUUUCAAUCUCAGGGGUCAGUCACCAAUGCAUGUGCUGGGCCACUAUGGCAAAGAAAACGCUGCUGCCAUUUUUGAGUUGUUCCUGGAGUGCAUGCCUGAAUAUCCUCUGGACAAACCUGACAAUGAAGGGAACACAGUUCUGCUGCUGGCCUACAUGAAAGGAAACGCAAACCUGUGCCGUGCUAUCGUGAGGGCCGGCGCUCGCCUGGGAGUCACUAAUAAUCAGGGCAUCAAUAUUUUCAACUACCAGGUUGCAACCAAGCAGUUGCUCUUCCGCCUUCUAGAUAUGCUUUCCAAAGAGCCCCCAUGGUGUGAUGGCUCCAACUGCUAUGAAUGCGGUGCCAAGUUUGGAGUUACAACACGGAAACAUCACUGCCGCCACUGUGGGCGUCUGCUGUGCCACAAGUGCUCUAUAAAAGAGAUCCCCAUCAUCAAGUUUGACUUGAACAAGCCGGUGAGAGUGUGCGACAUCUGCUUUGAUGUGCUGACUCUGGGCGGCGUGUCGUAAUGCCCCGGCCUGGAUGUCUUUCAACCGCUGGCUCCAACCGCGCCAGGUCCAACUUGGCACAAUUAUUCAGGCACACUGGGAGCAGGACAUGCUAACGAGAGAAUCCCAGACAGUUGUGGACCAUCAUCUUUAUACUAUUCCAGUUUAUGAAAAACUAUUAAUCUUUUAGAGGGAUGUUGCAAGUAGGAAGUGAAACAUUGUUGUUUUGUUUCUGUUUCAAAGUAUGUUGACGUGAAUAUCAGUGGCUCUUCAGCUUGGCGAUGGCUGGACUGUUCAGUGAUGUUUGCGCUGACGAGCUCUUUAAUAUCACAAACAGGUUGUACGCGGCAUUUCAGUCCACCUUUAGAAGGGGUCUUCCCUUAAACAUGCCGACCUGUCCAAACACAACAAAAAUAUCUGCUACGAAAUAAAACUCUACAUACGUGAUAGUUGAGGCUGCUGCCAACCAAGAACAAACGGUUAAAUGCCCUUUGUUCUAAAGAUCGCUGCGUUCUCUGUAAUCUUUGAACAUUUAUUCACUAUUUUGUGUUAACUGAGUAAAACAGGACGAGGAGCGGUCGAGGGGAAAGCACCUCAACUUGACUCGGUCCAAAGUGAAUCAAACCUUUUCUGUUAAACUUACUUUACUGCAGACGUGAUGGUGCAACUGGAAAAAUACGGUGGUGUUUUGUCCCCAGUUGAGCUUUAUGAGGAGACCUCGGCCAAGUUGAAUGGAAACGUGACAGGAGAAAGCCCAUUAAUCACGAGAGCAUUAGAAACCUCUCCAAAACAUGAAGUACCCCCCCCCCUUCUCAGUUACAGAAAUGCCUAGUAUGCCUAUGCAUGUCAUUUAAUUUGCAGCCUUUAAGUCAUGGUUAUAAUUUUAAAAUCAGCCACCGGAUGAUUACAUUCCACGUCGGGCCUACUGUGAGGUCCUCAUCUUAAUCCCACGACGUUGCCUCGUGUCAAGUUGUCGUCUUGACCCCAUCACAUGUAACGCUUCUUGAUUUCUAAACCUAACAGGUGCACUUUAUCAAGUUCACGUGACAUUUCUGAUCAUGGGGGAGAAUGUGGAGUAAGAGGGAUGGCCACGUAGUGGGGCCUCUUCAAGUAUUGUUAAAUUGUACAGAUAAAUGUGUGAUAUUUUUGACCACUACAACUGUUUUGUACUUAAAUGCAGUUUGUGCUUGUCAUUGUGACAAACCUAAAUCUUGCCUCUGUUAAUCUUUUAUGCACAUUGUUUAAUCUUUUAUGCACAUUGUAUUGUAUCUGUAUGCUCAGAUAUCUAGCUCGUCUCUUCCUGGUGUAUUCUUUUAGGGAAAAGGAGGACAACUUUACAUAAAGGUCAUCAAAAAAUG